AUGGCCGAUACCGAAGGCACACGAGGCCAGACCGCUCGCGUACUGGUGUCGCGUGAUGUCCGCCCACGCUUGGCACCUUUGCACGGUACUCACUCCUCGGUCUACACAACAAUGGCUUUUCGCUCGUUCCUUGUGGCUAUUACUACGUUCUACUGGGUGCAUGGCGACGACCAGAUAUUGAACAUUGAUUUGCUACGUCCAGUGAUGGACGUCAGUCCGAUGUUGUGGGGAAUUUUCUUUGAAGAGAUUAACCAUGCCGGAGACGGUGGCAUCUACGCAGAAAUGGUUCAGAAUCGAGCAUUUGAGGCUUCUGUCUCUAUCAAUAAUAUCCCGUCUAACAUCAGUCAAUAUCACUCUCUGCUACCCGUCUUAUCGAUGGCUAGUAAUCCAGUAUUUGUUCGACAUUGCGAUUACCAGGGAUAUGCGACUCCAAUCAACAAUGAUCUGGAUUGCAGCGAUAGCUCGUUUGGUUUAGUGAAAGGUUUGGACGGCCAGGAGGAAACUAUCAGUUUUUUGUCUUUGAAUUAUCCAGGCUACUAUCUUAGUCCGAAGGAUAUGAGGAUAAUGUUAGCAAAGGAUGAUGGCACGAAGGCUUUCAGUGAUAGUGCAAGCUUCUAUCAGAGACCUGGACUAUAUAACAUGACCAUGGCAUCAUUUGAGUCUGCUUCUUUGAGUGGAUACUACUUGGCCAUGAAUGGCAGUUGCACUGGACAAUGUGGUCAAGAUCAUGGAUGGUCUACCUGUUAUGAUGCAAUCAUAAAAGAAAAGCCUAGCGCACCGCAUGCAACAUUUAUAGUACAACAAGCAAAUGCAGUGCUAAAGGCUUCUGGUUGGUCUACAGUGGGUUCUGCCAAAUUGACCGUACAAAAUACGAAUCCAUUAAAUCAAGCAAAUCCGAAUUAUGCUGUAAUUUCUGUAACCCAAAGCAGCUCUGGUGUUGUCAACUUCGGUUACUGGGGCAUGAACGUAUCAAAAGGAAGGAAAUACAACCUUCGCUUUUUUGCAAGAACAGCGGAUUCCAGCCCAUCUCCUACCUUUACUGCCAUGCUUCAAUCAUUUGAUGGAUCAAUAACUUAUGCUUCUUACAGUGACUUUGGUGCCAUUGGAGGAUCUUGGAGAAACUACUCUUGUCAGUUGACUUCUAAUGCUACUGACAGCAACGCGAGGUUGAGCAUUAUUUUGCACUCUGCUGGUUCUAUUGCUGUAGACGUGGUGUCGCUGAUGCCUGAUGAUCUACCAAACGGUUACCCGUUCCGGCAAGAUCUUGUAGAUGCACUGAAAGCAAUGCGGCCUUCUUUCGUACGAUUUCCUGGAGGGACUUACAUUGACGGUAUAACACUCGACAAAGCCUUUCUGUGGAAGAAAACAAUUGGUCCGUAUUGGGAGAGACCCGGACAUGAUAAUGCAGUUUGGGGUUAUUGGAGUGACGAUGGCUUGGGGUAUUUUGAAUAUCUGGUGAUGUGUGAGAUGUUGAAUGCUCAACCGAUUUGGGUAAUCAACAACGGGAUUUCGGUUCAAGAGGAUGUACCGACAUCAAAGAUUGAGCCGUGGGUGCAGGAUGCAUUGGACAGCAUUGAGUUUGCAAAUGGACCCUCAUCGAGUCACUGGGGAUCUAUGCGAGCGUCUAUGGGUCAUGAGCAAUCAUUCAACUUGUCAUAUAUGGCGAUAGGAAAUGAAAAUUGUGGUCACGCAAACUAUGUAGGAAACUAUGUGGCAUUUUAUAAGGCAAUAAAGACCAAAUAUCCCAAAAUGAAUCUGAUAGCCAACUGCGACUUGACUCAUCACAACCCGUCAGCUCCAACAGACUUGUGGGACUAUCACAUCUACACAUCACCAGAAGACUUCAUUACCAAAGUACACAUGUGGGACAGCUACGAUCGUUCAUCAUCCAAAGUUUUUAACUCAGAAUAUGCCACUACACGUGAUGCAGGAAAAGGUAAUGUUCUGGCCGCUGUAGCUGAGGCAGCAUGGAUGACAGGUAUGGAGAGGAACAGCGAUGUGGUGGUCUUGGCUAGUUACGCUCCACUAUUUGUUAAUAACAACGAUCGUAGAUGGAACCCGGAUGCUAUAGUGUUUAAUUCAUCGGUAUGGUAUGGGACACCUUCCUACUGGAAUCAGGUGAUGUUUUCUGUAAAUCGAGGUGUGAAGCUUCUUAAUUCAUCCGUGUCUUCAUCUAAUGCGUCUAUAGCUGCCUCGGUCACUUGUAGUGACGCCUCUUGCCUAAAAGUUAUAGUCAAACUGGUCAAUUACGGAGCUGCACAGCUCAUCACGCAUGUAAACUUUAGGAAUGUUCCCGCUGGUCGAAACUUUAGUUUGGCAACUAUGGAAACGCUUGCUGGAGGACCGCAAGAUGAGAAUACGCUGGAUGAUCGUGAAAAGAUUGUUCCACAUGCGAAAUCACUGUCUGAUGUUGGCGCAACAAUGGUUGUAGAAACUGUUGCGUACUCGGUCAACGUGUUGACGGUUAGUUUAAAGUAAUGUAGAGAAACUAAGAGCUGCACUUGCUCUAGCGUGCUUCCACCGUUUCAAUGUCGAGUUUCAAUAUUUGUAACUUUUGCUAUAGAGACUUGAUGUAUACGUACCCUAGUGUGCAGUGGUCUUAGUGCAUGGAUUGACGUUUUGCGGGAUAUUUGAACAGCACUUUUCAAUGAGCUGCAAAAGUUUGUAGGAAUAUUCAAUGCAUUUUAAGCAAAGACGAUCAUUUUGCAAUAAAAUUUGAUGAC